AAUUCGGUGUUAAGGAAAAUUUGAGUUUUGUUUUGCAUUGAGAUUUACUUACAUUUUUUUUUUUUCGGUUCAUAAAUCAGAAAGUAAUGUCUGUAAGAUGUCGCAAAAUUUUAGCGCGGAGCAGUAUGAGGAUGCAUACAAGCCUAAGCAUCUCAGCCAGUGGGAAGUUCCCAAAAAGUGCCGAGAAUUUCCAAGAAGACAGGAAGGCUAUACUUCCCCCAUAACUGAUGAAAAUGGCCAUUUUCUUUGUGAGAAAGACAAACCUGUAUUUAAAGAAUGGAGUCCCUUUCAGGGAACAUGGGGAAAAGACUUUUCUCGUCCAAAAGCUGUAGCAGGUUCUCCCAUCAAACCAGGAAUGUGGAGAAUCAAAGGUCGAAAAGCAAGGUGGGUGGAUGCCAUAAAGAUAGAAUCGGAUCAAAAUUUUGAUUUCCAUGAUUCAGAUUACAGUCAUUAUAAUAAAGGAGAUAUAUAAUGUA